ACAACUUAUCACGACCCCCUUGCUCCCAUCCCAAAUCCCGAAUCCCAAGUCCAUUCCUUCCCGCCUCGCCGACCCAAACAACCCAGUCCAGUGCCCUCUCCCGCCCCCAAUCAACGCACCUCACCUCACCACAUGUCAAAGCACUGCACUUUACCAUAGCAAGAAUCCCUCAAACACCACCUCGCUUAACAAGCCCAGACAUUGAUCGCUCGUGUUAACGAGGUACCUAGUUCCAGGCCCUUGGGAACCGGACAGACGAAGGGAUGAUGUGCGCGCACGAGUCGUGUAGAGGUGUGAGAUGUGAGGUGAGUCGGCAGAUUAUUGUGGGGGUGUUUUCGGGGGGGCCUGGUUUUGGGGUUUGUGCACUGUUGCACGCUGGGAUGGGAGAUAGCAUAGGGUUCAUGGCAAUAUAUCGUGCGGGAUGUUGUCUAUGUACCUUGUUGGGGAUCAAUACUUGCUACGAGGGUCGAGGGGGUGUCUCGUUUGACGUCAAUUGCAACUUUUUCUCUCUAUAGCGUAGACAAUUUGUAAUUUUUUUCGGGCAUUGCUUUGCACUGUUCAAUUGCAGUUUGGCAUACAUCUACGUCUGUUCUCUCUUUUUCAGCACUCUAGUAAACACCCUUUUUUUCAAACGAGAGAGGAUCCUUUCUCGCGUAUUUGUGACGAGUCGGGUAUCAAGCUCGCAUUAGCUUAGCCACAUCACGACUCUUUCUGAAGCGGCCGACCGUCCUCGAAAAGGGAAAGGAAGAGAAAGAAAAAAAAAUAGGCCCGCGAUAAGUAACUACAAACACCGAAUUUGUUCUCUAUCUGUGUCUCGCGGCGCUAAAAGACAUUCAGCUGAACCCUCUCUGUACUCUUAGCUAGACCCCUAAAUCAAGACAAGAGUACCCACCAAGGCCCCAUCAUCGCCCGUCUCCCAAUCUCGAAGCGUUAGAAGAAGACACAACGGGAAGGCAAGGUGGCGCAAAGUCAAUCCUAGACCGGCAUCGCGGGUAUGAUGCAGCAAGUGACAGCGCAACUAAUGUCGACGCCUCCGACACAUGGCGGCUACAAUUUCGUGUUAGCCCUCGUGUUCGCUUGAGAGGAAGCAGCCGCAUGUCAAUGGCUGGGCCCCGACGAUGUACGUGGCUGACUCGCCAGGUACGGACUCGUUAUCAUUGGUGUUUUCCUCUGGACGGGAGAAAGAAAAAAAGCAAGGAAGAUGCAAGUUGGACUUGUGAGUCGGUGUUGAAACGGGUCGGUCGCUGUACAAUUUGUGAUGUGUUGAGGGUUUGUGCUGUUUGAAGGGUCUCCUUUAAGGAUAUGUGCGACAUUUCGCACAUGGAGAGAAAAGCAACAAACGAAUUGCUCUUGAUGUUGAACAUGUGCAUGUAGGGCUGAACGAUGCCGCAUCAAGCAUUCUUCGUCAUUUUUUUCCUCCCUUUACAUCGAUCUCCUUUCCAAACCCCCACGUUCUCACGAUCCUAUCACCCCCCACUCCUGCCUGGACCCGGGUCCAAGGGAUUCCGACAUCUCAGGUACUCCUUCCGACGCCACCAAAGAAAGAUAUUUUUAUACAUCCCUGACCAUUAAAUCAAUA